AUGUCGGAUGAAGAAAAGGUGAAGAAGAAACAGAAGAUCGAAGCCAACCGCGUUCGUCGGCUGCUUGACAAUGGGGUCGUUGCCUCUGGUGUACAGCAUUUAGCCAUUUCUGCCCGUAGAUCCGACUCUCAAUUAUCGCCUGCACCAGCAAAAAUAGCCCGACACGCGGACGAAUCUGCUGAACACACUGCGGAGAAUAUUAUUUAUCAAUCCCCCGAAAGUUUUUCAACCGACCUUUGGAUGGAACGGAGACGAUACCCAUCCUCGGAAGCUAGUCCAAAUGGUAUCCGAAAUGAAAUGUAUUCUCGUGACGAGCAGCUGCAACAGAUGGCAUCUGUUGAACCCGUAAUCAACAGUGGUGGUGCUGGUGGUAGCACCAGCAGCAGCAGCAUUGGCAACAACGCCAUGAAUAACGAGAGUUUACUGAUGUCUUCUUUGUUAUCACCGCAAACGGAGGACAGUACCUGUGGGGGAUCAACUCAGAUGAAUUCGCAACAAGAAUCGGGAUCAAGUUACUAUUCACUACGCGGUCAGCAACAGAGAAAGCCUCAUCAGAUCAUGGCGAACCCUUGUGAAGAUAAGUUGUUGGAAUGUGAAAAGGAGGUCAAAAUUGAAAAGAAACCCGUGCAUCAUCAAUCCAGCGAAUGCACACUUCACGUUGGACUGGAUCAACGAAGAUGUCGAUCAAUUCUUGACCCGUUGGAGACGGUCAACAGCGUGUUGAGCGUCGCAAUUAGGGCCGAGUUCAGUGCUGCUUCAUUGAUCGGGUUCAACCACAAUCAGAAGGAAUUGAAUGAUGUUGAACGAGCGAAAAUUUAUGAACUAGUCGCUGCAAAUGAAGCCAUGUUGAGUCCGAUCGACGUUGAUGCCUCUCAUAAGCACUGCUUCAAGGAUCCCAGCUUAAUCAGCGUUAUAAACAUGACGGACUUGGCGAUCAGGCGGAUCAUUAAAAUGAUGAAACGGGUGAAUGGGUUCAAAAAUUUAUGCCAGGAAGACCAAAUAGCACUCUUGAAAGGCGGCUGCACGGAACUCAUGAUUUUGCGGUCUGUGAUGACGUACGAUCCCGAGGUCAACUCUUGGAAGAUCCCUCAUACCAGCACGCCGAGUAUCGUUAAGCUAGAUGUUCUGAAAAAAGCCGGAGGAAACCUUUACGAGGAGCACCAACGUUUCAUCAAAUCUUUCACACCUUUGUGGCGAAACGAUGAGAACAUAAUGUUGAUCCUCGGAGCUGUUACGUUGUUUUCUCCUGAAAGACCAAAUGUCAUCCACAAAGACGUUGUCAAAUUAGAACAGGAUUCGUAUUACUACCUUUUGAAAAGAUACUUGGAGUCGAUUUUGCCGGGAUGUGAGGCCAAAUCACAAUACCUACAGUUGAUCCACAGAGUUCAAGAGCUGCACUAUCUCAAUGAGAACCACGUUCGUGUGUAUCUGGAUACGAAUCCGAAAGAAGUGGAGCCGUUGUUGAUAGAAAUUUUCGACUUGAUGCGACAUCAGUCGUAAAUUAUGCAGUCGCGAAUUGGUUUCUUGUUUACGCCACGAUUCUUGGUGCAGUUUGUUUUUGUUCUGAUGUGAGUGUGUUGGAUAGUGGAACUCACGUAAGUUCCUCUUAUUUUUUUCUGUUAAGGUGUGCUGGAAUGCAGAGGUGAUUCCGAGAAGAAACAAAUAUGGCCUUUUCUAGUCUUAGCGGUGCAAAAUAUGGGAUUAAGUAUUGGGCAGAUUCGAAUUCAGCCGAUUUUUUCGCGUUUAAAAAAGCCGUUCUUCGUUUUUUUUUUUUUGUUCGAGAGCAACAAUUGAAUAAGCUCGGUACUUAUGGAACAGGACUUUUAUAACGGUGUCAAAUCAGCAAGCUAGCUUUUUAGAAAAAUUUAAAGUUGUGACCCACCAAUGACAAAAACUGAUUCUUCGAGAUGGCGGGCAUGUGUUGAAAUUACUCUUCCUUUGAAAGUGCGAUAUAUUUUUGAUGCUACAUUUAUGAUGCAAACUUGUCGUUAUAUUAUACUGUAUAAUAAUUUUCCAUCUUCGUUAGGAAUUGACUGUAAGUUCAACUUAGUUGAAUCUUGAACUAGGAUUUUAAGGUGUUAGACCCUUUUUUGUGUUAAUUUAGGUUAUAAAGGAUGGUGGCGGCUUCAAGAAAUUGUUUUUACAAAAAAGGCCGGGCUGAUCAAUUUUAUGUUGACUGAAGUGAAAGCUGUCAUUCCUAUUUCUUUGGCUCGUCGAUGAACUUACGUGAAGUAGCGAUUGCAAAUUAUAUUGCUCAGAGAUGAAUUGCGGAUGAUCGCAAAUAAUCCAAAUAUAUUGCAGUGUGUGGUGGAUGUGAGAAUACGCUGUUGAUAAUCCUGCAAGCUCUUGCAACCAGAUGCUUGGUUUGUGAUACGCUGUCUUACGGGUUGGUGGGUUGAAGUCACCCCAGGUACCCCUAAAAUAUCCGGAGGCGGGAAAAUUGGGGAGAAUUUCUUUUUUCGUUUGUCAGCCUUCCAUUUUUGAUUGAUAUUAAGGAGUGCAAAAAGCGUUAUCCCUUCUUUUUGGGGGAUGCGAUAUUUUCUUUUGUGGUGCUGUUGACGAGAACUGCGUGGUAAGAGGAUAUUUGACGAUGAUUUCAUUUUUCGAUGUGAAUGGAUAUAUUUCUGCUGAACCCUUUGGAUCAUAUUGAUCGAUAAUUUAGACGUUUCGAUGUGAUUUUUUUUCUUUGUGGACGGGAAGUAAACGAAUGUGUUCUUAUA